CAAUCCCUUUCUCUUUGCUAUCUCUAUCUCUAUCUCUUUUCAUGCUCUUAAUACCUACUGAAGGUCAAAGUGAUUUGUUAGAAAAAAAGAAUCAUUCAAGCCAGUUACUCUGCUUGAAACAUUCAAUUCAAAAUAAUGGUGUCUUUGUCGAUAUUAAAAAGACACAUUAUGCAACUAGUUUUAUACAGCAUUGGCAAUUGCGUGAUUUGAUCUACGCUUCCAGUAAAUUCACACUUAUGCAUCCAAGAAGAAAUUCUAUUUAUAUGUAUGAUACAAGAUUAGAAAAAGAUACAUGCUUUCAAGAUAGUUUACCCUUUACACCCACUUCCAUUCACACAAAAUGCGGCUAUUUAGUUGCGGGAGGACAGACAGGCAUGUUAAUGAUUAAACAACUAGAAAGUGGCUGGUCCAAGAUUUGGUCGGUUGGAAGAGGUCUAAAUAACUCGGUUCACUUGUCUAGUCACGGAAAAAAUAUUCGAAUGACAGUUUGUAAUAAUGAUCAAACUGUUACAUUAUGGCGAGUACCAGAGAUGGAUAAGAUACAAACACUAAAACUGCCUAGUGCCAUUAAUGCUACUAGUGUUAGUCCAAAUCAACAGUAUAUGGUCAUGGUGAGUGAUGGUGGCGUUGCUUAUCUCUAUACAAUUGACAAAGAAGGAUAUUACACAAACAAGUUGGAAUACAAAGUCUCUGAAGAACCAAGCUUAUCUUGUGCAUGGCAUCCAUCAUCCACUCUAUUUGCUAUCACUAGUCAAGAUGGAUAUGUCAGCAUUUAUUCUAUAGACUCAACACAAAGACUAUACCAUUUAGGUUCUACUGAGAAUCGAAAAACUAAGAAAGCACCGAGAAGUAUACAAUUCAGUUCAGGAACAUUGGAUUUAUUAGCGUAUGCUGAACAUGUCUCACAUGUCUAUAUUGUGGAUACUCGCACAUUCCAAACAAGGCAAAUUGUACGCUUAUCACCAGAACAUCAAGAUCAAGCCAUUACUGGUCUCACAUUCUCGCCUGAUGGCAGAACUAUCUUUGUUGGACUAGAAGAUCGUAUUGUUGAACUCCAAGUAGAUUGCGUCACUCGAAGACAGUUUGGCGCUAGUCGUUUGAUUUAAUAAAAAAAGAC